AACCAACUGCCCAAACUACAUCGCGAACGCGGUGCUUCCUCCCUCCCCGCAGCCAAAUCGAGAUCUCUCUCCCCCCCGCCCCUCUCCCACCACACGCCGGCCGGCCGGCCGCGGCGACGACCCACCAGAGGAAACAUGGCCUCGGCGCUCUCCUCCCUCCGCUACGGCGACAGCCUCUCGGUGGUGGCCAUCUCGGGCGCCACGGCGGUGCUCUGCGAGGCCAUCUCCUGGCUCCUCAUCUACCGCACCGCCACCUACAACUCCCUCCGCGCCUCCAUCGAGCGCCACUCCCGCAAGCUCGACUCCAUGAAGUCCGUCUCCUCGGGCGCCGGCGGCGCGGCCCCCUCCUCCCAGCCGGCCUCCUCGCGCGCCAAGAAGAUGGACCGCGUCGAGUCCAGCCUCAAGGACGCCUCGCGGGAGCUCUCCCUCGCCAAGCUCAAGUCCGGCGCCGUCGUCGCCGCCGUGCUCUUCGUCGUCUUCGGCCUCCUCAACUCGCUCUUCGAGGGCCGCGCCGUCGCCAAGCUGCCCUUCGCGCCCGUCCCGCUCGUGCAGCGCAUGAGCCACCGCGGCCUCCCCGGGAACGACCCCACCGACUGCGCCAUGGUCUUCCUCUACUUCCUCUGCUCCAUGAGCAUACGGACCAACCUCCAGAAGCUCCUCGGCUUCACGCCGCCCCGCGCCGCCGCCGGGGCCGGCGGUGGCCUCUUCGCCAUGCCCGAUCCCAAAACCAAUUGAGCUUGAUGAUCCCCUCUAUACAUACAUGUGAUGCCCCUGAUGUCAAGCAAGCAUAUGAGUUGGUCUCCCAGAAAGAGUUGCUGUCCUGAAAGGAAGAUAAAUAACCUACCUAGUCGCUCAGAGGAGAGAAACACUGCAAGACACUGUAAUGACACAAUUCAUUUUUUCCACCCAUGAUAAGCAGGCAUGAACCGUACGUAGGCUGGCUGUAUCAUGAACAUUCUUGAGUUGGCCCAAGCAAUCUGUUGUCGGGUUUGUCGUAGAGUUGUAUUUUAUCAUCAGUCUCAAAAUUGUUUCUGUUGUGUCGUUGCCA